CUAUUUGUGGCCUCAUAAAAAGCGUGGCCGACAACCGCCGUCAAUCUCAAUAGCCCAAGACUCCAAACUCGCCGCCGGCGCAAAUCUUACCUGUAAAACAUUUUCGGUCAAUUUCUCUCGCCAGUGCUGAAGGCGAAGAUCCUAUAAUUUCCGAUCGCCCUCGAGCCCGUCUCCUCAACGGAAGACGAAGAUGGCAUCACUCUAUCACGUUGGCGCCAUUUCCAAGUCUCCGUCGCUUCAUACCUGCAGAAAAGCUGCAUUUCACUCUCCGCCCAGCCAACUCUCUUCACUCCGCUCUCUCCCUCGCUUUUACAAGGUUGGUGUGACCAAAUGCAGUUACGCAGGAGGUAACAUCAAAGAGAGCUUGAACACAGGGACAAUUGAUGUCGUGGCUGAUGUGAAAAGUGAACGAAUUGUAGUAUUGGGAGGCAGUGGUUUUGUUGGCUCUGCAAUUUGCAAAGCUGCAGUGUCCAAGGGUGUUGAGGUUACAAGUCUGAGCAGAUCAGGGCGUCCUUCUUACCCUGAUUCAUGGCUAGAUCAGGUCACUUGGAUUUCAGGGGAUGUUUUCUAUGCAAACUGGGAUGAGGUGCUUGUUGGGGCAACUGCAGUUGUUUCAACACUUGGAGGUUUUGGAAGUGACGGACAGAUGCUAAGGAUUAAUGGUGAGGCAAAUGUUGUGGCUGUGAAUGCUGCUAAAGAUUAUGGGGUUCCAAAGUUCAUUCUGAUCUCAGUUCAUGAUUACAAUCUCCCAUCAUUUUUAUUAACGUCGGGUUACUUCACUGGAAAGAGGAAAGCAGAAUCAGAGGUCCUCUCCAAAUAUCCAAGCUCAGGUGUUGUCCUAAGACCAGGCUUCAUUUAUGGGAAGAAGAAGGUGGAUGGGUUUGAGCUUCCACUGGACUUGGUAGGGGAGCCACUUGAGAGGUUUCUAAGUGCGGCAGCGAACUAUACCAAACCCCUGAAGUCCCUUCCUGCGUCCGAUCUGCUGCUCGCCCCUCCGGUUAGUGUUGACGAUGUCGCGUAUGCGGUGUUGAACGCUGUCACUGAUGACGACUGCUUUGGGGUUUUCACCAUCGAGCAAAUCAAGGAAGCUGCGGCGGGAGCUAAGGUGUGAAACGGGGACCCACACAUAACGUACUGUUCUGCUGUGUAUAAUUUGUCCACAUUAUCUAUGUGUGUUUGCCCAUGCCGAGUUUGUAGUUUCAUCUUGUUGAUGUUGUUGUAGCCUCUGGCGUUCUUAUGUGCAAUUUCAUCUAUUAAGCUUAUUCCAGUCAUUUUGUAUGGUCAAUACAGUUGUAAAAGAAUCGUAGCUAAGAAGAUAACUUAAGGCUUGUUUGGGAAUAGCGUUAGCGUUUUGAAAAUGCUAUCUACGGGUAGCAUUUAGCGUUAGCAUUUUCAAAGCAAUCUGCACCGUUAAAAACUUAAUCCAAAAUGUUGACGCUAAUCUCUAAUGUUAUUCCUAAACAGGACCUUAGCCUUCUAUUACCAAGUUUGCGUAUGCACACAUUUUCAAACCCUACAUGCCGGCCUUUAUUGAACUUGUUGUUAAGAUAACUUAGUCUCCCAUU